AUGUUGAACGUCGACGAGUGUUACGUCGAAAUUCUGCGGCUCGUAAAACAGGCUGGCUCGAUUGUCAGGGAAAAGAUCAAUCAACGCAAGGAUGUGCUCAUCAAAUCGUGUGACAUUGACUUAGUUACAAAAUGGGAUCAAGAGGUAGAAAGACUUUUGAUCGAUGGAAUAACGGUAAAAUAUCCUGAGCAUAAAUUUAUCGGUGAAGAGUCCACUGCUUCAAGUCAGAAGAUUACGUUAACGAAUGCACCAACAUGGAUAAUUGAUCCAAUCGAUGGAACGAUGAAUUUCGUUCAUGGUCUUCCUCAUACAUGCAUAUCAGUCGCAUUGCUCAUCGAUAAAACAACCGAGAUAGGAAUAGUAUAUAAUCCAAUCUUGGAGCAGCUUUUUACAGCCCGUAAAGGUCAAGGUGCUUUUUUCAAUGGUGCUCCGAUUAGUGUAUCCGGCGAAAAAGAAUUGCACAAGGCACUGUUAAUGAUAGAGAUGGGAACAAGCAGAGAUCCGGAGAAGAUGAAAGUAGUCUUGGAAAAUAUAACGCUUCUUACUUCACGUAUUCACGGAAUACGAUCGCUCGGUUCGGCGGCUUUGAACAUGUGCAUGGUGGCCCUUGGCGGUGCCGACGUAUACUUUGAAUUUGGUAUACAUGCAUGGGACAUUGCAGCUGGAGACCUUAUCGUGCGUGAAGCCGGUGGUGUGUCAAUAGAUCCAGCUGGAGGUGCGUUCGAUGUGAUGAGCAGAAGAAUUCUGUGCGCAUCAUCGAUAGAAUUAGCCCAGAAACUUUCCCAAAUAUUAAUUCAAUAUUAUCCGACGCGAGACUGAGAGGCCUGAAAGUUUUGUGCAGAAGAUGAAAACUUACGUUUUGCAUGAGUGUCAAAUUAGAUAACUGAAUAUAUCGCAAG